AUGACAGGUUUUGCACGCAAACAUGGUUGUGACCUAAAAUUACUUAAAACAACGAAAGAAUGUAAAGAAGCUUGUCAGUCAGCAGAGUUCGACCUUGCAGCAAGUUGUCUUGUUGGUUGCGAUCCAAAUGCGCCAAAAAUCAGUCAACCAGCUGCUGAAACGAAACCAAACGUUGACACUGUUCAAAAAGUUGUUGAAAAUAAUGAUGAGCAUCCAAAAUCGAUAAUAUUAGUUCGUCUUCGUCAGCGACCGCUAAUUCAAUUACCAUCAUUUGAACGUGUAUUUAACAGUGAUCCAUUUCAAAUGUUUGAUGAUAUGUUAAAACAGAUGAAAGAAAAAGCAAGUGUUUUCGAAAAAACUUUUCAAUCAUCACCGGAAUCAAUUGAACAACCCAAUUUUGGUCCCGUUCUUCAUUUUGCACAAAAUAUUCUAUCAGAUACAAAAACAUUCGAUCAAAACGAAGAAGAUUCAUCAUCAAGCGAAUCAAGUGAAGAAAAAGACGGUAAUAUCAAAGAUCGUCAUUCAAUGAUUAAUAGAAUAAAUGUUCAACAUCCAAGAGAACACCACCAAUGGAUUCAACAACACGUACAACCAAUAAAUUCUCGUUUACAACAAUUUUUUACCAAUGUUAAAACCGAAUGGAAUGAUUUAAUUCGUAAACAACCCAAAAUACCCAUAUGGAUUUUUAUUUGUAUAUUAUUAACAUCAUCGGCUAUCCUCUGGUAUAUGGCAAUCAGUAUGUGUCGUCAUGCGCCAUCACGAAAUUUAUCGAUACGUAGUCAAGAGCUAAUAUUUCAUCCUUAUGAAAGUAGUGAUGUUUUCGCAGAGAAAGAAAAAAUUCAACCGGAUGAAUUAUACGAAACACAACCACUAGCAAUCAAAGUCAAAUUAUCAAAUAUAUAA